AUGGGGACACUUUCGGGCUCUGACAUCAGCCUGAAGGGAAAGAAGCUCCUGAGUAAGACAACAAAAGUCUCGCGCCAGAACUUUAUCGACGACACCCUCGCCUCCAUCGCCGGCCGCCUGUACCAGUGUUGUGAGGAGUUUACUGGAAACAAAAAGGAAGCUGAGAAAAUUGUUAAAAAUAUCAUCAAGAUUGUCGUCAAGAUCAACAUCCUGUACCGAAAUGACCAGUUCUCUCCAGAGGACCUUAAAGUGGCCAAUCAGUUACGAAACAAGUUUACAACAAUCGUCAAGACAGUCAUCAGCUUCUUUGAAGUUGACUUCACCUUUGACAAGGUAUUUCUCACUAAGAUCAUCAACGACUGCCGAAGCCUCCUGAAACAGCUGGUGGGGAAUCACUUGACAGACAAGAGUCUUGGAAGGAUAGAUCACGUCCUCGACUUCUUUGCUGAACCGGCCUUCCUGGAAGAGAUGUUCAGACCUGAUACUCCCCAUCGUCCAACACUCCAGACUAUUGUAGAUGACAUGAGCAAAGCUUUUGAUGAAGGAGGGAUCUGAAGUACAAUAUAAAGUGAGGAACAGUGUACAGUGUCUUAGUCCGAGAUUUUUUGUGCAUAGGAUGGUGAUAUUCUUACAGUACUAUAUACUGGUGUAGGCAAUGUACAAGAGGAAUAAUGUCUUUCUCAAGGAAGCCAAGUCUUGCAAAUUACUGGAACAAUCUAUGUCUCAAAUGCUGAGGUUAAAUUUAGCAUUAUCAAAAGUUUUGCAGAAAUGAAUAACUAGAUGUGGACAGUUACUAAGUACAGCAGCAUACAAUGAUGAAGGGUGUUUAUAUACAGUAUUGAUGAACUUAUGAGACAUAUUUGCUCAAAAUAUUUACCCAAGAAUUCUAUUUUCUGUUUAAAAUAAGUCUGCCUAAAACUUGAUUUUAAAAACUUUCUCUAUUAUUAUCUUUGAAAAAAUAAAUUAUCAGGAGCUGUCUUCAGAGUUCGUGAAAUUCAGGGUCAAUGUUUUAGAGGAAAAAAGACUAUGUGGUUGAUGGAAUACAAUUGAGAAAAAAAUUAAAGAAAUACAAAAUAUGGUACUGUACUGUUAUACCUCUAAUUUAAUGGGUGUUCAGUCUAAGGCAAAACUAUAUAUUUUUUAACACAUUUUGAGUGAUCUGCAUGGAAAAUUUCUGUUGUAUAUUGAAUAUACUGUACAGUAAUGCCAACCCCUCAAUGUACUGAAGCAACCAAUUGAGUAAGAUUUCUUAACCCCUUGUGCUAUCCCUCCAAGUGCAAUGAAUUAGCCCACUAAAUAAAAUACCCAAACCUCUUAAGUAUGAUGACGUAACCCUUUGAGUACAGUACUGUAUUUUGACUCGGUCCUUUGAGUACAGUGUUUUAACCCUUGUGAAUAUAAUUACAUAUUCUCUUUCAUACUCAAAGGGUUGAAAUGUUCUACAAGAUACCAACUUAUUGCAUAAUAUUAUUUUAGCUUUUGUGCAAUGAACAUUUUGAUGAUAUUUGACAGUAGAAUCUAUUGUGUCAGGGAGUCUUUAGUAGUGUUAACAACAAAUUGUAUUGUGUUUACUUGUAUGACGAAAUGGGGACCUCAAACCUGUAAUUAACAGAUCAUUAAAUAAUCCUUUUUUGCAUUCCUUAUAUGCUACUAAUGGCUGUGUUUUGUAAGUCAGGUUCAGCAUCAUGUGUAAUAGAAAUUUGGCCAUAAACAUCAGUUGGUUGCCCCAAAUUAGUGACUCAGAAUCAUGGUAAUUCCUUGAAAUGGUCCUGUGUCAACAGUCCAACACCUUUGUUAUUUUUUUCAUUGCCAUAUUGCCUUGACCCAACACCUCCCCCUACCAUAGCUAUGUAAGUUUGAGGAACUGUAUACCUUUGAUUAAAUCACUGUAUACUUUUGGUUGAACCACAGUACAGUACAGUAUACCAUUUGUGCAGAUGAAAAAUUCACCUCUUAGGCUGGUGUUGUUAAGACCACCUGUGUUUACCCAGCUGGUACUGUAUUGGCAAAGUCCUAAUCAAAGAAAAUAAGCAAAUUCAUCCACCAAAAUGUACCCCAGAAUGUACAACGACUCUCAUGUAAGUUUUUGAUGCUUCCUAUGUCUUUUCUUGGUCAUGUAUAAACUACUAACAGUGGGUGUGCUGAAUUUUUUUUUUAAGAUCAACUAGACAGAACUGUAGAAAACCACCGAGCAACUUGCUAUGUUGUGCUGGCAAAUGUGUGCUCUGACUGUUCUCUGCACACACACACACACACACCAUUAUCAUGUUCAUUAAUCAAAUAUUCUUGUGAUUGGAGCAUAAAAUAAUAUCUUCAACAGAGUUUUAACAUGAAUCAUACUGACUGUUUCCCCAUCUGAAUCUCUCUUAUCUGAAAUGGUCCAAGAAAAGAGGCACAAAUGUGAUUAUUAACAGUUGAGCUGUGGCCCAGGGUAUGUGAAAAACUUAAUCUGUUGGUUUGGUCAGAGUUGGAGUAAUUAUUAGUCUUUUUCACGGAAUUUUACGUUAUUUUGUUUAUACAUUCUAUUGGACAUCACAUAAGUCAAGAGUUUCAAAUAUAUCACUAACAUCUGCAUUAUAAACUGGUGAACUGUAGCUCUUUUACAUAGGAAUUUGUUUUAUUUUACUUGUACAUCCUCUUGGUCAAGUUCAUGAAGAGAUCACCUUCGGUCUUCAUUGUUGCUGCUAAUUCAUUCCUGGGACACCUUCAAUCAGCCCAGCUGUGGAUAGGUACCUAACUUUGAAGUUAACUAAGAAAGGCAGUGGACUGCAGCGCCAGUCCAGUCACUCUGCCUCUUUGUAAACUGGAAAUUUAGUCUUUAGUGUGCUGUGCCCAGGCUGCCACUAAUGGGGCCAUUAGGUCUAUAGGACCCACUUUCACCCUCACAUCUUCCUAAGCGUUAAAUAUGUUCCUAACUUGGUAUUGACAUUUGUGUAAAAUUUUAUGGAUAUUUUUUUCUUAAUCAUCCAGAACAGCUUCCUUUAUUAAUUAGGGAAAGCUAAAGUUUUAGACUAAUUUAUCAUAUUCAUUCUUUUAACCUUCCUUCUUGUCGUAUUUUAUUCAGUAUUUUGUAUCUUUCCAUUUCAUGUCAUUAUUCAUCUUCUUCAUGCUGUACUUUGCACUGAGUGAACAUUACACAGUUUCUUUCACAAAUUUUUAAUGAAUGUUAUUUGCAGUACAUUGUGUAUCAUGACAAAACAUAAUGAAUGAGAUUGUCUAUUUUUCAUACAGCAGUGAAUCUGCAAUAAUUGUCUUACUUUACUGUUAACUUAAAUACAUGUGUUCACUUUUAAUAACUGACCUGUCUGCUAAGCUCCAUCCACUUUUGGCAUUCCCAAAGUAUACAUAAAAUAUUAUUGGUUUCAUAUUAGUGAGUUGCUCGGUCACAUCUGCAAAUUUGGGCGUGGCUUAGUCGACAAGUUAUUUGUGUCAGAGCUUCCAAUUUGAUAUUAGAAUACUGUUAGAGUAUUAUGAGAUCUGGGCAGUACAGUACUGUACUUGUACUGUUGUUUGAUCACCUGCAGUAAUCCCUUGAGAAAGAAAACCAGUAGUAUAGUACAGUAUUGAGAAGGAUUGCUUCAUGCAUUGGUGCUCGCUGUAAGCUAUGCUAAACUACAUAUGGCACCUUUAUUCAGUACAGUAUCUCUAAACUUUGAUAUCCUUAUUGACGAAGAUUGAUAUUUUUUCUUUCUGGUUCUGAGAGGGAAAGAUUAAUCAUAUGUAUAAUACUACCAUGAAUAUCUCCGAAUAUCUCUUUAUUUAAUAAUUAGAUAUACCGUACGUUUUCUGUGUACAUUAGUGUUACAGCUGUCCCUGUCUUGGAAAUGCUCUAACGGCCUGAGUUUAGCAAUGUCCGUGAUAUGGCUUUGAUCCUCGCUAGGGAGAACUGUAACCUCUCAUUACUGUAUAUCAGUACAGUACAGUAUAAUACAACAGAAAUCCAGAUACCGGUACAUGAAAUUGAAUUACAUUAUUUGUUGUAUUUGCUAAAGUGCCGACAGAAUAAGAUAUGAUUUUUUGUGAUUUUGAAGUUGGUGUACUUUAUGAUAUAAAAAUGAAGGAUGUAUGAUACUGGUAGUGAGUAACUAUUGUGUUUAGAAAACACCUGUAUUUUAGUACUUAAGAUUUAUUUCCAGGAAUUACUUUAUUUAUUGAUGUUUUGCUUAAGUGACUGUGUCUUACAGAAAGUGAUACAUUCCCUGUGUGUGUGUGUGUGUGUGUGUGUGUGUGUGUGUGUGUGUGUGUGUGUGUGUGUCUCAUCACAGGUAAUGGUUAUUUUUGUCUUGUUUUUUUAUGGUAUAAAGAAAAAUUAUCCAUAAGAAGCAAAUGACAUUGGUUUUUUCUCAGAGUUUAUCAAUUUUUCAAGACAAAAAAUAAAAGGAUCACAGUAGAAAUAUACAGACAAAGGAAACUUAUAUUUCAUAGAGGUUUUAUCAGUUUAUCAUGGGAACUUGUGAAAGAUGCUAUUUAACCCUUUCACUGUGAUUCCAGCACUUUGUAAUUUUAUUCUGGCUUCCACCCGACAAUUUCAAUCAACUUGGGGAAACCUCCAGCAGCCAAAGGGUUAAAUCUUCUACUGUGAAAUAUUUUAAUGGUCUUUUCCCUCUACAGUUCUUCUCCUUCAUUAGAAUUGUGAUAUAUAAUAGUUACAUAUUUGUAUUCAGAGCUGUAACACAUUGGCAGUUACACAUUCACAGCUGUAACAUGUUGAUAGUUAUAUAUUCAGAACUGAAACAGAUAAUACAUACCUGUACUGUAUUCAGGACUAUAAUGUAUUUGAAAACUGCAUAUGAUACAUUACAUCAUUACCUAUACAGUAUUGUCCCUCUACACCAUUAAAAUAUCACAGUGGAAUGUUCAUACCACAUCACUGUAAAUUUUUACUGUAAUACUGUCAUUACUGUGCACCAUUUGACAAAGAUAUAAUACUGUAGUAAUAAUUUGCUCUAUUUUGUUUUCAUUUACAGGUAUGGAUUUAUAUUUUUAUCAUUCAUUGAGCUCUUAAAUUUAUUCUUUUAACAUUUAUAAACAAAACUCUUAAACUUUAUAUUUUUAUCACAUAUUGAGACAUGAAACUUUUAAAUUUGUAACUUUUAUCAUGUAUAGACACACUUAGUUCUUUAACUUUUACUACAGUAUUACUAUUUUUUGAGACAUGUAGCUUUAUUUGUAAACAUAUUCAUAGAGAUGUGAUGUUUCACUCAUAAAUAAACAAAGGUGUUGAACAACUGGCAACUGGAUGCAGCUCAUUAGCCGCUUGGACGGUCGGUCAUGUCUCUGUCACACACUGUACUGGCUCCAGGAUGUAUCUGAACCUGCACCAGUGUUGGUCAAGUCUGGUCUUGAAUGAGCUCACACUUGGUGCUGUCACAACACUCUGGCAGAUUGUUCCAAGAGUUCAAUACCCUCACUCCAAAAAAGUAGUCCACCUCCACCCUGUAUCCACUUCCAGAACACAUGCAAUUCCUCCAAACAUCCACCUCAGCCAAAAAUUAACCACAAAGUGGAUGCUACACUCCAGAAUACUUUUCAGGGGAGAAUAAUAAACUAGACAGUAUCUAACUGUAUUCAAAUAAAUGAAAGGGUUACAAAAAUGAGUGAAGACAUAACCUAUCUACAGUAUAUCUAAAUCCAAAAUAAUCACAAAAGAGUUUCAGUAUCAGGUACAGCUGUAAAUGUAUCAAUAUGCAAAACAGUUCAAGAGACAGUACUCACCUGUAUAUGAAAUAUUCACCAAAAAAUUACAAGAUGUCAAAAAUGAAUAUAUUCUCACCUUGUCUGAAUAUUCCACUUCGAACGAUAUGCUGAAGAAUGCAAAGUAAACUUGUCUUAGAAGGCCAGACAUAUACCCCCUGUAUGUUAUAUAAAAUUAACCAUAUUUAUAAAUCAUUUUGCAGUGAAGCUGUACAGUUUUUAAUCACUGUUUCUGGUGAUAUGUUAACAUUCUUAAAAAGUUCAGUAAGGUUCUGAUCAAUAAGGAGUUUGAAUAGUUCUCUGUACAUUGCUAGCAUUGUUUCUCUGCUCUAAUUCUAAAGAGUAAAUUUAAUUAAUAUCUGUGUAUUCUUAAAAAACUAAAGGUGAGUUUUUGACAAGUCAAAUAAUUAUAAAAAUGUGUUCAUGUUCUUAAAAAAAAGAUUACUAUAUGAGAUUCUUAUCAUGGAGAAUUAUGUUGAGUGAUGUUUGGCAUAAUAUCUUGAGAGUUGUUUAUACUGUACAGUAUAUUACUAAGGAAAACCACUAUACUGUAUAAGGUUCUUAUCAGGAGAAUAAGUUUGUGUAAUAUUUCACAUACUUUCUUGAUAUGACUCUGAAGAUCAAAUCAAGCUGAAGGAUUUUGAGAUACUGUAUGUUAAAUAGUUAUGUGUACAGUACUGUACAUAGAGAUUUGACAAUUCAAUCAAAGGUACGAGGAAGUAAAUGUGUUGCAUUUCAAGUGUAUGCUAAGUUGUACAGCAUAUCAGGUGUGAAAGUGUUGUUGUCAGGUUUAUGUGCAUUGUUUUACCUCUAGUAUGUGUGUGUUGCUGGACUUCAUGUGUGUGUGUGUGUGUAAGUGUACUUCAGGUUUGUAUUAGUGUACUUCAGGUUUGUAUAAGUGCAUUUCAUGGGGGGCUGUACUUUUAUAAGAGAGAGAAUGUGUUGUACAAAGUCUUAUUAUUGUGUCUAUAGCAUACAGAUAUAAAUAUAUAUAUUUUCAGUGUCUAGAAUGGUCCUUUUUGCCAGUUUUGUAUAUGUAUAUAUAUAUAUAUAUAUGUCACGCUAAAUAGGGAUACUGUAAUUUCCAUUAAAUCUUAAACCCAUGUGUUUUGUGGACUAGCAUUUACAGGAUGGUCUACAUGAGGACUAGCAUUAACAAAACAAGAUGUUGUGUUGUCCAACUAACGUUAGUUUGCAGAAAAAUAAAAUACAUAUAUAUAUAUAAAGCAAAA